GAGGGGCCGGAGCCGAUGAGGCCGCCGCUCCCGGCGAGGGCGCUCCAGGCCUGUGGUCCGGAGCAGUCGCGCGCCGCCGGGGCCCCUCUAGCCGCGGGGAGGUGGCGCGGUGCGAGUCGGGAAGGCGGCGGGUGGGUGCGGCCCUCAGCGGCGGAGGGCGCCAUGGUGGGUGGCGAGGCGGCUGCAGCGGUCGAGAAGCUAGUUUCGGGGGUGCGGCAGGCGGCCGACUUCGCGGAGCAGUUCCGCUCUUACUCGGAGAGCGAGAAGCAAUGGAAGGCUCGCAUGGAAUUCAUCCUGCGCCACUUGCCCGACUAUCGCGACCCGCCCGAUGGCGGUGGCCGCCUGGAUCAGCUGCUGUCCCUCUCCAUGGUGUGGGCCAACCACCUCUUCCUGGGUUGCAGUUACAACAAAGACCUUUUAGACAAAGUGAUGGAAAUGGCUGAUGGGAUUGAAGUGGAAGACCUGCCACAAUUUACUACCAGAAGUGAAUUAAUGAAAAAGAACACCCUUCACUGAAGAGCAUGCCAUGAAGAAAGUUAUAUUUCAGCAUCAGAGCUGAGGCAGAAGAUUCAUCACAUUUUCACCAUCAGCUACAGACUUAGGAAGGAGGCUGGGAUGAAUGUGACAUGGACCACAGCAGCUCUCUUAAGAUUCCUGGUAUUUCCAACAUGUAGGAAAGAGGCAGUUGGAAUGACAGUCUUGUCUAGAUUGGAAUUUUAAAAGGUCCAUUCUUCCAGUAGCUAUCAUUGUAAAAGUGUGCAUGGAUAUUUAUGUAUUUAUAAAUCAUGCCCUUUUUUUCA